AUGGCUGAAGAGAAGCACCACCACCACCUUUUCCAUCACAAGAAGGACGAAGAAGAUAAGCCUAUUGAAUCUGUCUUCACUGAGACUACUACUGGUUAUGCUGAGACUGGUUUUUCCAGUGGUGGCCCCGGCGGGUACGGUGAUGAGACCUGGGACUGUGUGGUUUGUGGAAAACGUUUCGUCUCUAAAAACGCUCUGGGUGGUCACAUGAACCAGCACCCUAAGCGUCCAUGGCGGGGCCUAUAUCCUCCUCCAGCCGGUCAUCAUGCUCCAGAGGCCUGUGUGGUUUGUGGAAAACGUUUCGUCUCUAAAAAUGCUCUGGGUGUUCACAUGAACCAGCACCCCGAGCGUCCAUGGCGGGGCCUAUAUCCUCCUCCAACCGAUGAGCCUGCUGCUGUAAGGAAUGGAAACACUACUGCUCCUUUGCUGAUUGAUUUGAAUCAGCCUGCUCCUUAG